AUGCGGAGGCACUGUCUUUCCGUGGAAAAUGGUGCUGACUUGUAUUUCUCUGGCUGUGUUUAUCCAGUGUGUCGCUACGCCUGCCACAGAAAGUGCUGCCUGAAGUUGACCACCAAAUGCAGCAAAAAGUACGACCCAGAGCUGUCGUCCAGGCAGUUUGGGGUGGAGGUGUCCCGUCUGACCAACGAGGAGAGGACAGUGCCCCUGGUGGUGGAGAAGCUCAUCAACUACAUUGAGAUGCACGGCCUCUACACCGAGGGCAUCUACAGGAAGUCUGGCUCGACCAAUAAGAUCAAAGAGCUCAAGCAGGGACUGGACACAGACGUGAACAACAUGAACCUGGAUGACUACAACAUCCACGUUAUCGCUAGUGUCUUCAAGCAGUGGCUCCGGGACUUACCCAAUCCGCUUAUGACMUUUGAACUAUACGAGGAGUUCCUCCGCGCCAUGUGUAAAUACUCCUACCUUCCUGUCAUUUUAAUUUCUGAUAAAUGUAUACUCCUUACUUAUUUUAUUUAUGUAUGUAGUUCAACAUCAUUGUUGGAGAUUAGGCGAGCCUGGGCUUGGUAA